CCGCAAUUUGAACUUGGUUUGAGGGGAAAAAAAGUUUUAUGUCUUCUUAAAGUCUUAAUAAUAAAACAAAAACGUAUUAUGUUGAUGUGUUUCCAAAAAUAAUAUGUUUGAAUAUUAUCAUAUUUAACAAAAAACGCACUCAGCGACCUCUCUUUUGCGCGUUAAUCACAUUUUAAACACGUUGUUCAUCUAUAUUUAGUCCAAAAUGCUGCGAUGGGCUCAUCACUCAUUAAGACUUUAUGGGGAAACCCGAGACCCAAGCUACACUUUAGUCUACUUCUUCCUCGGUGUUGAGUGUGCAUUGCAUGUGUUCGAAUUACUAACGCGCAACUAUCUAUCUAGUUUCUUUGGAGGGAACUCGCUCCAAGGGCUGCAGGCAUCAGUUUAACACGGUCUCAGGCGCCAUCUAGUGUACAAAGGUGGAAACUGCAGUGCCCCAAUUUGCAAGUGCAAUGUGAUUUGGGUCAUUUCUGGGUCGUUUUGGGUUGGUCUGAGAAUGUUGUAUCGAGCAGGGUUGAUUCCCUUGGGUAAUGCUUGGCUUCAGUGGGUUAGGAUCGGCCCGGGUGAUGUUCUGGUGAUGCUCUUGUAUAACUAAAUGUGCUCUGAAAUGGUGUCAAACAGACCUCAAGUGCGCAUUGACAACUUGAUUUGCUUGAGGGGCGACCUAAAUGUAUUUUUUUAAAUGUUAUUAUAGCUCAACAUUUGGCAUUGUGGUUCUGAGCCCGUUGGACGUGAUCUAACAUGUUGCUCAGUAAACACUUGGUUUGAGGAUGUGAACAAAGGAGGAAUGGUAACCACAGAUCACACUUUUAUCUCUGAUGUUGAAGUUUUCCGAUGGAGAAAAGGUAAUAAUGCGUAUUAAAGUUGGGAUACAUUAGUCCUUUGAUGCGCAAUAGAAACUUUUCAUCAUCUGUCAUAUAAGGUAUGUAUGACUAUAAUCCCCACCUGGCACAAAGAAUACAUGUGCGGCUAAGUUACAUACGGCAGCUAUGCGCACAAAGCAGAUGAACAGGUGGUCAUCUGGCCUGUGUGUGAUGUGUGUGUGUGUGUGUGUGUGUGUGUGAUGUGUGUGUAUGUGGACGUCAGAGAGUCCACGCACUCACCUGCUCGCAUUGUUCUUUGUGCUUCAUGCUUAAGGUGUGUCGCCAUGAAUAAAAACAUGUUUGAGCAAUGCUUAUCGAGGCCUUUGUGUCCACUCUGUUUAAUCGGUCAUGAGUCAGAUGGAUGGGUAGAUGAGUAGAAAGAUAAAUAGAUGGCCACAUGGAUAGGCAGAUAUGGAUAGAUCGAUGGAUGGAUGGAUGAAUGAUAGAUGGGUGGUUACAUAAAAACAGAUAAAUGGUUAGCUAGAUGGACGGACGGAUGGAUUGAUAGAUGGUGGAUGGAUUGACAGACUGACAAAUGGAUGGAUGGAUAGAUAAAAACAGAUAGAUGGAUGGAUGGAUAGAUAGCUAAAUGGAUGGACAGACGAAUGGAUAGAUGAUGGAUAGAUGGUCGGAUGGAUGGAUGGGUAUUUCGAUAGAUAGCUAGAUGGACAGACGGGUAUAUGGAUGGACAGAUGGAUAGAUUGCUAACUUAUGGAUUGAUAGAUGGAUGUACAGAUGGUUGAAUGGAUGAAUGGGUAGAUCAGCAGAUAGCUAGAUGGACUGAUGGACACAUAGAUCAAUAGAUAGAUGGUGGAUAGAUGGACGGACGGACAACCGUACGGAUGUAUAGAAAGAGAGAUGGAUGGAUGUAUUGAUCAAUAGAUGGACGGACGGAUAGAAGGAUAGACAGACUGAUAGACUGAUGAUGACAGGAUGAAUGGAUAGAUUGACAUAUCUCUAUUUGCAUGGAUGGAUCGAUAGAUGAUGGAUAGAUGGACGACCAGAUGAAUGGCUAGACUGAUGGACGGUAGAUCGACAGAUAGAUGGAUGGACGAACUGAUAGAUAGAUAGACUGAUAGAUAGAUGGAUAGAUUUUUAAAAAUGAUAGAUUGGUAGACUGAUAUAUAGAUAUUUGGAUGGACGGAUGAAUGGAAUCAUGGUUGAUGGAUGGAUGGACGGCUGAUGGAUUGAUAGAUGGAUGAAUGGCUGAUAGACUGAUUGAUAGAUGGAUGGAUGACUGAUAGAUUGACAGAUAGGUGGAUGGAUGUUUAGAUAGACGGACGGGAAAGAACGGAUGGUUCUCGGAGUAUGUGAUGACUCAGAGUUAAUUAUCUGACAGGAAUCAAUAGCGUUCGUGUUUGAAUCAAGGUACAGCCGAGAUCCACCCCUCUAGAACGCGCGGAUCCUUCCGUUCUUCGCAUUGUUAACACACGAAGACAUGCUUUCUUUUUUUCCCUCUAUCCUGCGGUGCACGUCUUGUAUAACUCUCAGCCCGGUACCGCAGCAAUGAAAUGAUUCAUUGGCUUUAUUGCAUUUUAACAGGAUGUUGAUUGAGAACAUAAGCCGUAUUGAUCGCCCUGAUGGAAACAGGAAAUCACAGAGAUAUAAAUAAAAUCAUUUGUUGUUCCCCGUGUGAGGAUACCCGGGGGAACUGCAUGCAAUUACACACUGUUGAGUGGCAUUACCCCCAGCAACCUCCUCCCCUCCGUUCUCUCCCCAGUGGAGACCUGGAAGAGACGUCAUCUGUGGUUGUUUUUGCUGCGAAAUGACGCUGCCGCUCUCUCCGCCCCCCCUGCUACUGCAAUAUUACCCCUGUGGUCUGUUACGGAAGAUGCAGCACUUUGUCUGCACCAUUUCCAGCAUGACGUUUGACGCCGUUUGACAGUAAUGAGCCCUCUCCCUUCAUUUCCUUAAUGUGGAAGUGGAACCAUUUGUGCGCAGUGCUGAGAAUAAUAUCAGCCUAAAUGCAUCCUACACGCUAACGCUUGUGACUGGCAUCGAUCCUGUAAACCGACAUGAUAUUCUGUGCUGGGAAGGCCCACUGAUUGGAAUCCAAACAAUAAUGAGGGGUUAAUCUGUGUGGUUUAGCAUAUAAUUAGCUUUCAUGAGUAUGGAUUUGCUCUUUACGCCGUCCUUUGUCCUUAUUGUGGUUUUAAUUGGUGAGAGGGAAAAAUACCCACAAUCUCUUGGCAAGCCGGCCCCUCCCUGCACGUCCUCCCCCAAACCCAGUCACACAUUGUGGAGAAGCGCGUCACCGAGCUUGGGGAAUGAGUGGCUCAUUAAGAAGAAGGAUGUGAUAUUCUGAAUAGACUGUGAGACUCCCAGCACAUCUAUUUUUAGAGUGGAUAUCUCUAUGGCAGUCACCGUCAUGUUGGUUAAUUGCAGCCCCAGACACCAAUUAAGAAGGAAACAAAUGCUUUUAAGACAGGGUUUGCUCCUUCUUUACGGUAAAGGUUCCUUGCGUCCACUCUCAGUAGAGACAGUGUGUGUGUGUGUGUGUGUGUGUGUGUGUGUGUGUUUGCUCACUGCGUUUUCCUGCAUCAGGUUGAGACAUGCACAAUGCAGUCAAAGCCUCGAUCAGGUUUUGUUUUUGAAAGGAUUCCCUGUGGAAAAAAGGUCGUCGGGUACCCGCCAUUUUGACGAAGACGCACUUUUGGAGUCGCACCUUGCAGGGUUUAUCGGUGAAAAGACCAACACUUUCCAGGGUCCCUCCCGUUUUCCCCGGGACACUACACUAGUUUGCCCUUCUUUCCGAGCACCCUCACAUUUUUAUAGCCUCUCGGAUUUUUCCCAGGGAGAGUGCGGAGGGGUGUUGGUGGAAAUACCUGAGGAAGACCACGUCUUCCCUUAUUUUCUCUUAUUUUUCUUGAAAAUUCCUCAAAUUGUCAUAUGGAAAUUUUGACAUGUAUGCUCCUGUUUUCACCAGCACCCUCUCAUUUGAAUAGUUUCUGGUAUUUUUCCUGAACAUUCUGGUGAACCACAACAUUUUUCCUUAUUUUAUUUUUAUUUUUUUCAUUUUCCCCUAUUAUUUGGGAAAAUUUCCAUUUUUUCAUGUGCUCAUGUUGAUGUGUUGAGCUCCCGUUUUCUUUUUUUUUUCCUUCUUUCCCAGCGCCCUCCCAUAUUUUUCCCAGGGCGGGGUGAGGAAGGGAGGGAUGAUGGUGGAGAUACUGGUGGACAACCCCACCUUUCAAUAUUUUCCAUCAUUUUGCCUUAUUUUUCUGGAAAUUUUCCCUUAUUUUCAUAUGGAAAUGUUGACAGUUCCACCAGGUUAGAAGAGUGAUGACCAUCCUGUUCCUUACUAUGGUUAUUUCAUACUUCAGUUGCAUGAGAGCCGCGCCCCUGAGAGACGCCCCAGGCAUGCAGGGCCAUCGGACGGAAGGCUACCUGGGCGCCAUCGCCGCCGCCGCCGCCGCCGCCGCAAGAGGCCACGGGACUCCACAGAGCGGCGGGGGGCCGGGCCAGCGUGGGGAGCUGCCCUCGCUCACAGACACCUUUAAGCAGGUGAUAGAGGAGCUGCUGGAGGUGGAGGGAGAGGCGGAGGCGGCACAACUGGGACAGGGGGCCGGCGGGGGUCGAUCGGCGGCGGCGGCGGCCUCCGACAGCAAGGAUGUCGACAUGUACAACGCGAGGGUGGUGAUCAGCAACCAAGUGCCUUUGGAGCCGCCGUUGCUCUUUCCCCUGGAGGAAUACAAAAACUAUCUGGACGCCGCGAACAUGUCUAUGAGGGUGCAGCGACACUCGGAUCCCUCGCGGCGUGGAGAGCUCAGCGUGUGUGACAGUAUUAGCCAGUGGGUGACAGCUGUGGAUAAAAAGACGGCAAUAGACAUGUCCGGGCAGACAGUUACCGUCAUGGAAAAGGUCCCUGUCCCCAAUGGCCAACUGAAGCAAUACUUUUAUGAGACCAAAUGCAACCCCAUGGGGCACACAAAGGACGGCUGCAGAGGAAUAGACAAGCGGCAUUAUAAUUCCCAAUGCAGGACAACCCAGUCCUACGUGCGAGCGCUCACCAUGGAUAGCAAAAAGAAGAUUGGCUGGCGCUUUAUAAGGAUAGACACUUCAUGUGUAUGCUCUUUGACCAUUAAAAGAGGGAGAUAGUGUAUAACAUGUAUAGAUUUUAUUGAAGAGUUUAAAAAGAGAAUACAGAGAAAAUAUCUAUUUGUAUAUAUACAUAACAGGGUAAAUUAUUCCGUCAGAUGAAAAUUUUAUGGACUGCAUGUAAAAGAAAAAAAAAUGAAGUUUAUACAGUAAAAGUGAUAUAACAGUCUAUUUAUUGAACAUAUUCAUGACCUUGUAAACGAUUAAAAAAAAUCUGAUCAGUCAUUUGCGCCCACUUUAAAUUGUCACAUUCCUCCAAACAUUUUCUUUUGCCAAGAUUUACAAAAUGAAGGAAGAGAAAAAGGGGGAAAAAAAAACAAAACAACAACAACAACAACAGGAAUGAUGAGUGAGGACAGUUCCAUCGUCAAAAGCUUGCAUGCUGCUUCAAUUGUGAAUCCAGAAAUUCUCCACUUAACAAAAAACAACAAAAAAAAAAAAAUAGGAUGCUGACCAAAAAACUUUCCGUUUACAUACUCGGCGGAAAACAACUUUCCUCUCAAGUAAUUUAUCUGUUUACUGUUCUAAACUUCUCAAGGUAUAAUGUUGGGAUUACAUACUAUGUCAAGGUGCUGUUGUCAAAGCUUUGCUGUUUAUUUUUUUAUUCCCACCAGAGAAAGAUAUAUAUAUUAGAAAAGAAAUGUAUAUAUAUAUAAUGAGACAUGUUUCUGGGUUAAUAUUAUUCAUUUUGUAUGUUGUGAAGUUGUUUGCAAUAUUAAACUGAAAUAUUUGAAGAAAUAAAAAUGACUAUAGGCAACUGAAAAACGAAAAACGAUGUUUCACCCCUCCACUUUUAGGUAUAUGCACGAAUACCGCAGCACAUAAAACAGACAAAACUCGACCGAGGGAGCAGAUAAUACAGAGGAUGCCCGGAUAUUUGCAGAUUUUUGGUUCAAAAAUGUGCAUUGUUUUCUCCAAAAUAGUUCUUUUCCCGCACAAAACACUUCUCAUUCACCCUGCGUCGGUAAGAAUAAUAAUAUAUACAGUGGAUCCCCACACAUUUUCCAGUCAGUAUUCACGGCCACAAAAAUGUGCAGAUUUUUGGUCAUGAAAGUCAUUUUAUUUAAUUUUUUUGCCGAAAAUAUUUUUUUUCCACAGAAAACACGCCUCAUUCACCCUUAGUCGGUAAUUACUUAUAAAUAAAGUGUUAAAAACUCCACUAUUUUUACUUGUUUAUGUCUUUAUGCUUUAAUCGUAAUGUUUUUUCGGAAAACGUUGUGAUUUCACACUUUAUUCGGCGGUACUUGAACGCACCAUGCAGUGGCUCCCCGCACAUUCGCGAUUCAGCAUCCACCACCACGCGAAUUUGCGGGAUUUUCGUCUUGAGAUUUCCCACUUUCUUUGGCGGUACUAGAAGGCACCAUAGUUGCUGUGAGAUGCAAAAGUGAAACCUAUAUGCAGUAGCUCUGCGCACAUUUGCAAUUCAGCAUUCAUGGACACAAAAACAUACAGAUUUUUUAGUCUUAAAAUUUAUUUUUAAUUUUUUUUUCACCUAACAUGUUUUUUUGUUCCUCAGCAGAAAACAUAUCUCGUUCCCCCUAAGUCGGUAGUCAUUUAUAAAUAUGCGAUAAUACAGGUCAAAUAUGCAGCAUCUUUAUGUUUUUAUUCUUCACCAAUAAUGUUUUUCGUCAAGCGUUGAGAUUCCACACUUUGUUUGGCGGUACUCGAACGCACCAUACUUGCUGUGAGAUGUAAAAGUGAAACUAAUUUACAGUGGACCCCCGGGCAGUCGCAAUUCAGCAUCCACGGCCAAGAAUUUUGUGGAUUUUUAGACAUAAUUGUUUCUAUUCGCCGAAAAUAUUUCUUUCCCACAGAAAACACAUCUCAUUCACCCUGUCAGUAAUCAUUUAGAAAUAUGAGAUAAUACAGGCAAAAUGUACAGCAUGCAUGUACCACUGUUUAAAAAAACCACAUCUUUAUGCAUCACAGAUGUUUUCGUCAAACGGUGAGAUUUCGACUUUGUUUGGUGGUACUUGAACACACCAUAGAUGCAAAAGUGAAACUUACAUUAAUAUAUACAGUACAAAAAUAUUUUUUUUAUGCAGACAAAACACUUCUGAGCCGCCCUAAGUAUUUUUCAAGCCCAAAAUCAUUCAGUGAGUUUCAAAAUGUUCACAUAAAAGGUUUUGAUAUCAGCAAUAGUGGGAGGGGUGGUGGUUACAGACACAACAAGAGAGCAACAGGAAGGAGGGAGACAAAAGAGACAACCAAAUUUUUAGUCAAGAAUUUAUUUUUUUAAGCAUAUUUAGUCCAAAAAUAGGCAGUUUGGUUCCCACAGAAAACAUCUUAUUUUGACAAUUAUGUGAUAAUUCAGGUAAAGCAUACAGCAUACAUGUGCCACUGUUAAAAAAAACAAACCAUUUUUACAUGUUUAUGUCUUUAUUCUUCACUGAUAAUGUUUUUUCGUCAAAUUUUUAAAAACGAAAAAAAAACUACAGCAAAAAUGGAAAAAAGGACAGCAAUCUUAUGAGAAUAAAAACCAAAUAUUAAGAGAAUAAAGUCAUAAUAUUGAGAGAAAAAAAAUACAUAAAUGUAAAUAUUACAGGUGAAAGUCAAAUUUUUCUUCAACAGUCGAGAAAAACAAACAAAACAAAGAAUAAAGUUGCAAUUUUAGCAACUUUAGGUUGGGUAAAAGUUACAACGUUAACGACAAUAAAGUCCAAAUAUUAUGAGAAUAAAGACAUAACGUUAAGAGAUAAAAAUGUACAUAUGAGAACAAAGUUGAAAUAUUUGUUUAAAAAAUAAUAAUAAAAAUGGGAAAAAAUGGGAAAACGAGCAAAAAUAGAGUAACAUUAAAAAAGUGAAUUCAUCCUAUAAUAUGCAUGUCACCGAAAACACAAAACUGACAUGCAGGCUCUUUUUUUUCCCUUGAAAUAUACAAAAAACAUCUCAGCGUAGCUGCAUGGCUUGGUUUAGAAAAUUAGAUUUUUCAGUAUGAAUACUUUUUCCAACUUCAAACAUUUUGACACCCCACCAUUACAACCCGAAAAAGUCGCUAUAUUUGUCGCUCCGAUCCCUCCUGCCACGUUUUCUUAUUCUCUGGCAGACCAGGUGCGGAUGAGGUGUGGUGUCAAGCGGGGUUACGAUGCCACCUAACUGUAAAGGGUUGUAACAACAAACUACACAGACAGUCCCGUUAUAAUGUGUGUUUUUUCUAUGCAUUUGUGACGGUCCAACUUUAUUUGUGGCGAGCCGCAAAAAAUCAAGGGUACUUGCAGUCGUUCCCAGAUGUUGACAGUUAAACGUCUGCACAUGCAAGUGUGGACUCGUGCGAGCAGGCAAUGGUUUCUCUUCAAACAUGCCGGAAGGCUUCACCCACCCGUACGUCUUUGUGCUUUAAAACCAACAGCUGACGACUCGUAAAUCCUGUCGUGAAGUCUUCGACAAAAGAGCCGUCAUCCGACACAAAGAUCUGAAGAAAAACCCCGACUUGUGUUUGGGUUGAAAGGUUGCGACAUCUUCGUUCCCUUCGGUUUGUUUUCUUUCAAAGAGUCAGACAAAGGAACGCUCUAAGAACUAAGAAAAAUAACGAAAAAGCCUCAAGAAAGGUGCCAUGUUUGUGUUGCAUGUGAUACAUUCUUGCAGGUAAGUUUGGGUUUUUGCAAUUUGGGAAACAAGCUGCUCAAACACGCUGCUGCAGAGGAAGAAGCAGCAGAGAAAGGAUGUUCUACUUUCCCCACCAGGA